AUGGCUGAGAAGGGCGACUGCAUUGCCAGCGUCUACGGGUAUGACCUCGGAGGGCGCUUUGUUGACUUCCAACCCCUGGGCUUCGGUGUCAAUGGACUGGUGCUGUCGGCUGUGGACAGCCGGGCUUGUCGGAAGGUGGCGGUGAAGAAGAUCACUCUGAGUGACGCCCGAAGCAUGAAGCAUGCACUCCGGGAGAUCAAGAUCAUCGGGCGCCUGGACCACGAUAACAUCGUGAAGGUGUACGAGGUGCUGGGGCCCAAGGGUGCCGACCUGCAAGGCGAACUGUUCAAGUUCAGCGUGGCCUACAUCGUCCAGGAGUACAUGGAGACAGACCUGGCACGCCUGCUGGAGCAGGGCACGCUGACAGAGGAGCAUGCCAAGCUGUUCAUGUACCAGCUGCUCCGUGGGCUCAAGUACAUCCACUCCGCCAAUGUGCUCCACAGGGACCUGAAGCCCGCCAACAUCUUCAUCAGCACAGAGGACCUCGUGCUCAAGAUAGGGGAUUUUGGAUUGGCGAGGAUUGUCGAUCAGCAUUACUCACACAAGGGUUAUCUGUCAGAAGGGUUGGUGACAAAAUGGUACCGCUCUCCACGACUGCUCCUGUCCCCCAACAACUACACGAAAGCCAUCGACAUGUGGGCAGCAGGCUGCAUCCUGGCUGAGAUGCUCACUGGAAGAAUGCUCUUUGCUGGGGCUCAUGAGCUGGAGCAGAUGCAGCUUAUCCUGGAGACCAUCCCUGUGAUCCACGAGGAAGACAAGGACGAUCUGCUCAGGGUGAUGCCAUCCUUUGUCAGCAGCACCUGGGAGGUGAAGCGGCCCCUGCGCAAGCUUCUCCCCGAAGUGAACAGUGAAGCCAUUGACUUUCUGGAGAAGAUUCUGACCUUUAACCCCAUGGACCGCCUAACAGCUGAGAUGGGGCUGCAGCAUCCCUACAUGAGCCCAUACUCCUGCCCUGAAGACGAGCCCAUCUCGCAACACCCCUUCCGCAUCGAGGAUGAAAUUGACGACAUUGUGCUGAUGGCCGCCAACCACAGCCAGCUGUCUAACUGGGACAGGUACCCUGUGAGCCUGUCAUCGGACCUGGAGUGGCGGCCAGACCGGUGCCAGGAUGCAAGCGAGGUGCAGCGUGACCCACGCGCGGGCUCGGCGCCGCUGGCCGAGGACGUGCAGGUGGACCCGCGCAAGGACUCGCAGAGCAGCUCUGAGCGCUUCCUGGAGCAAUCGCACUCGUCCAUGGAGCGUGCCUUUGAGGCCGACUAUGGGCGCUCCUGCGACUACAAGGUGGGGUCACCAUCUUACCUGGACAAGCUGCUGUGGCGCGACAACAAGCCGCACCAUUACUCAGAGCCCAAGCUCAUCCUGGAUCUGUCGCACUGGAAGCAGGCGGCAGGCGCGCCCCCGGCCGCGGUGGCAGCAGACGCAGUGGUGCAUGAGGACGAGCCAGCCAGCCUCUUUCUGGAGAUCGCUCAGUGGGUCAAGAGCACCCAAGGUGGCCCCGAGCGAGCCAGUCCGCCCCCAGGCAGCCCUGAGCGCCGCCUAUCUGCCUCGCCCCCUGGCCGCCCGGCCCCGGUGGACGGGGGUUCCAGUCCCCAGUUCGACCUGGACGUGUUCAUCUCCCGUGCCCUGAAGCUCUGCACCAAGCCGGAGGACCUGCCAGACAAUAAAUUGGGUGACCUCAAUGGUGCCUGCAUCUCUGAGCACCCUGGCGACCUCGUGCAGACGGAGGCCUUCUCCAAAGAAAGGUGGUGA